CGCUCAUACACCAACAAGGUCACGAAGCGCCAUGUCGCGCCCAGGGCAUCCGCAUGUCCAUCAGGACUAUCUUGCUCGCAUAAGGUAUUCCAAUGCUCUGCCGCCGCCGCCGUUCUAUCCAAAGUUCCUUGAUAUCCCCAACACCGGACUGUCCAGUGGUCUGUACACCUCGCCCAACUAUGCGUCGCGACUUGCGCGUGAACAGCCGCUCAAUAUUGAGGCGGAUGCCGAGCUGGGCAUGCCAAUAGACCUAGUAGGCAUUGAGGGUGUGUUCCAGGGCGACGAGCGCAAGAUCAUGUUCGAUGAACAUCCCGCUCCCCUACAUCCAAAGGACCGAGAAUUACUGCGGCCUUUGAAUGCGCUCGGCAAGCCAGCUGCGUCGACGAACGCCGUCAGCUUUUUGCGGCGAACGGAGUACAUCAGCUCGUCGUCGACGGUCAACAAGACGCCAAAGACCAAUGUCCUGAUGGCUGGGCGGAACGCAAAUCGCAAUCGACCGAAGCAGCCGGCCAACAAAGACGAUCCCAUUUCAAUAUUGCGAGGCAUAGUGAAAGGAUUUGACAUCGCGAAUCCGGCGGACGUGUAUACUGGCGAGGAUUCGCAGAGCCAACUCCGCGGCGCAAGACCUACAGAGGAGGAGAAGAAAGCAUGGAAAGCACCCGUUCAUCCGACGAAGCCAUCGCUCAAGCUGCUUGACAGCUAUCCUAUUUUGCCUGACCUUGAUUCCUUCCCUGAUACCGGCAACUACGUGUUGAUCAAGUAUCAGAACAACCCAUCAGACAUCACCUCGCAUUACGAUCAGCGCCUUGAUGUUGCACUUAUUCGACCUCUGCAGCACACUCCGGACGAGGAAGCCGCGUACGAGGAGAAGGUAGCGCUGGCACGCACAGAUCCCUCGCGACCAAAGCCACUUCCAGAAUUCCGCUACGACGUCUUGAUUCCGGAGAGUACGGACAGCGUUCCCGCCAUCAAGCGCAAAUUUUCCACCGAAGAUCCCAAGAAUGAUUCAGAAGACCUGUACGAUUACGAGAACCCAGAGACCGGCCGCCGCGCUUUCCGCUACAAGCGCCUUCGCCAGUACGAGACGUAUCAGCAGGCUGGCAAUCCGGACGACCCUUGGAACGACAGCGUGGCUCUGGUCCUGAACGAUGGGGAGAGUGGCUCCAGACUGAAGAAAGGGGCAUACAUAUAUCCGAUUGUGCAGCGCACGAGUAUCAGGCCCGUUAGGCCGGUCAAAACUACAAUGGGAGUUAUGGCUAGGGCCACGGUAAGACACGAGGACGAAGAGGAGACGGUUCAUGGCAUGGAGGUAUGCGUACGGGGCCUGAAUGAGAACGAGAUGGAGCGAAUUAGUGAAUACAGGGCGAAGUAUGAUACUUUGGGAGCUUAGCCAUGAUUCUGAUUGCCUGUCUGGAUCCGAGUACCAGGAUCGUUCCGUAUUUAAAAAGAAAAACUUCUGCAUUAGCGACGGCGUUUCGCUUGACGAACCAAAAAUCUAAUUUGAAGUUUCAAAUGGACU